CGGAGGGUCCGGAGUCCGGCGAGGAUGCUGCGGCGGCGCCCGGCGCGGCCCGCGCCGCGGGCAGCGGUACCGCACGCUGCGCGGCCGCGGAGCGGGGAAUCGGCUCGAUCCCGGCGAUCCCAGGAGAAGCUGCACGGAUCCACUCGUGGAAGGUCUCGGGGAAGCGGCUCGCUCCUCGCUUAUCUUCCUCUGAUCUCCUCCUGCUAAUAUUCCCCCCCUGCAAAAUCACGACAUUGUGGCACUUUCUACUGAAACUUUUAUACAGGAGUUAAAACCACGUGGGAACUCCAACCUAUAACAGAGACGCCAUGGGUUCCUCACUAUUUAGGAGAUUAAGUUAAGUCUUUUGCCCCCUGGGCUAUUACAGUAACUUCCUGAUGUGGAAAUAUUAACUAUGCUGUUUCUUUAACUCCCCCCGUCCCCUCCCUCCCUCCCUCCCGGUUCCUGCAAACACACCCACCGCACACCGACCCGCGUCCCCGUCCCGUCCCCCGGCAGGACGGACGGACGGACGGAGGGACGGACCCCGAGCGGCAGGAGCUCCUGCCCCCCCUCCCGCCCCGGCCGGGAGAUGGAUGCCCUCCCCGCCCCCCCCCUUCGGUGUUCCUUGCCUUUUAAGCACUUGAAAGAAGAAGUCAUUAGAAAGUUUACCGUCGGGUUGGCUUUGCGACGGGGCGGGUUUUUGUUUGUUUGUUUGUAUGAAUGGGCCGGGUAAUCGGGGCGGGUGCCGGGGAUUGUGUGUGUUUUCCGUGGGGCAGGAGGGACGCGGGCGCGGAGCCUGGCGGAGGCAGCGCGACGGGGGGGGGGGGGGGGGGCGGCUCCGGGCGGCGGCCGAGGGGAGCCGGGAGGGGAGAUAACGGGAACGCCGCGCUCCCGCAGCCGCGGCGGGCAGCCGGCAGGAGUGCCGGCCCUGCCCAUGCCCUGGGAACGGGUUUUCCUCCGCGGGGCAGCCCCCGGCUUUAGGGGGGGCGGGGGGAGUCGGGGCUGCGAUCCCCCCAAGCAGGGGUCAGGAGAGGUUUCCACCCGGCUCCCUCCAACAGCCGAGCCCGGGGGCGAGCGGCCGGGGCCGGGGAAACCGCCGCGCCUCCGCGGCACCGGGGCGUUAUAUCACGCCCUCCACCCCCCCCCCCUCUCGCCGGGCGGGGACGCCCGGGGCCGGGCACCCACGGCGGGGCAGCGACAGCGGCUCGGCUCGGCUCACCUGCGCGGUCCCCGGCCCCGGGGCGGCCGGCAGCCGCGGCCGCUGCGCGCUGCCCCGCGGCCCUGCGCGCCGCCGCCGCCGCCGCCGCCGCCGCCGCGGGGGGAAGCCUGGGCAGAGGGCGCCCCCUCUGGGCCGCGCGGGGAAGCGGGCGGCGGGGCCGAGCGGGGUCACCGGGGCAGCGGCGGCGGAGCGGCCCGGCGGGGGCAGAGCGGCCCGGCGGGGGCAGAGCCGCCGAAGCCCCGCGCCGAGUUCAGGGCCGGGGGCCGCGCCGAGGCUGCCCCGGGGCCGGGGCGGGCGCCGCGGCUCGGGCGCACGGAGCGGGGAGCGGCGGUCGCAGGCGGCGGCGGAGGGGCUGGGGCUGGGAAGCGGGAGAUGCGCCCCGCCGCAGCCCGGGCUCUGACCGGGCAAAGGAGGCUCCCGCAGCCGGCCCAGGCAACGGGGCUGCCGGCUGUUCUAAUUGUAUUUUCUUUUUUCUUUUUAACGGAGGAAAAAAAUCUAACUUCAAGAACGAAGGCAACUCUCGAGCCCUUCAUCUUUUUCAUUGAGCCGAACGGUGGUUUUCAAGGGGCAGGACGCGCAAAUCUCAAGCAUGACAGCAAAGAAGCCCCUUCUGCUCACGUCAGUUUUCGGAAGAAGAAUGAAACUUCUCCUAUAUUCCUGGACUGCACGCACACGAGCUCUGUUAGUUGUCACUAACACAAGCAACGCAGGAGUGUAAAGCGGGUCAACGGGAGGAUCAGCCCGUUACUCUGAUUUAAGAGUGGAAGGGACAAAUGCUAUCCUCAUCAUAAAUAUUUUCUUUCUUGUUCUGUACUGCCAAAGGAAAGACACUUAAUGCUGUGCUUCAAAAUCACAUUGCAAUCCCGAUCUGGUUGUUCAUGUUGGUUUUAAUAUAAACACAGUCUGAUUGCGUGUACAGCAUUGUAAACCAAAUCCUCAGUAUCACUGGAGCUACCCUGAUGGGAGAUCAGAAUUAGAUACAGUAUUUCCUCCCUGCCAGUAACAGGUUUUGAAUGGAAAGCCUGGAAUGUAAAAAAAGAAAUAAUGCUAAAAAUCCAAUCACUCUGACAUCCUGUGAGCUAAUGAGAGCACGUGAAUGCAACAAGCUUAGUACUUCACAGUAAUUAAUUUGACAGCAAAGAGCUAACAAGAAAACAACAGGCAGAGCAGUGAUGACUGGUUCAUAGAGGUCACUGUCAAACAAGAAAUAGGUGCAAACACAGUUCCUCUCCCUUUGAAAACAACUAUUUCAUUGCCCCAGUGAGAAUGAAAUGCCAAAGAGGGAAAAUACCAUGUCUUUGGUGGGGAUAACAAAUCUGGGAAGUCUUUCUAGUAGAAGGUUUUCUUUUUCACAUACAGUGAUUUUUAAUCAUCCCCGUUACUCACUGCAGUGGCAUGUUUUGGCUUCCCCCCCCCCCCUUUUUUUGGGUUAGCCAAAGCUAUUUUGCAUAUUCAAAUAUUGGGAAGACUUAUCUUCUCUAGCAAUUACUAACAAACUAAUAACCUCUAUUGUUAUUUAAAGUGUGUCCAACACAGCAUUCUGGAGGCAGCUCUCACACAAUGGAUUUUCUCUGGCUUCCUCCUAGAGAAGAACUUAAUCAAACCUUAGAUGCUUUCAGGCAGAAGAGCCUACAGGGAGAGCAAACAGGGUUAACAGAAAGAAAUGUGCCAUUUGAUUUCUAAUCUUGCUCAGGGAGCAGGGCCUAUUGAUUGAGCCAUAAAGCUCUGUUAAUUUUAAGAUCUCCUCAGCUUUCAGUUCUUUCCCUUGGGCAUAAACUUGUUGCUUACACAUAGUGGCUGAACUAUCAGGGGAAGGGUAGCUUCACGCUCCCCCCGCUCCGCUCUCCUCCCCUCCUCCCCUCUAUUCUAUUUGUUCUGAGCUCAUCUGCGUGAGGAUACAUUUUCACACACACCUUCUCAAACCGGCUGCUAUUCAUCUGAUUCAGGGUCAUGCUUUUCCAUACAUUAAAUGCAGGGGAAAACUGGGAAGGAAAUGGCUGGGAUUUGUGCUUAAUGGGCAAGCACACGGUUAGCCAGGGAGCCCCACUGUGAGAAGGUACAGUAUCGAAGGGUAUUUUCUGUAGAAACAUCAAGUCUCGUGACUGGAAUCUGAUGCUUAUUAAAGCUACUAGUAUAAUGAAAUCAGUAUAAACUGAGAUCCUCAGCCAGCGUAAAUCGGCAUGUUUCCGAGGCAUCAAACCGCUACAACUCUUCCUCUAUAAUCUAGAUAUUUGCUUAUGCGCAUUUUUCUCAGGAGGCGGCAGAUGCAGAAGUCACGCUUUUGGGGAGGCCAGUCAGUGCAGCUCUGCACCUUCCUGAGUCGGUGGGGAUCUCUAGAAACGGAGCAGGCAGCGAUGGCACCAGGCAGCUCCCUCACUGCUCCCUGUUUCCAUGAUGCCCUCGGUGGGACCAUAAACAAUUUACACUAGCAAAGGAUCUAGCCCCUCACGUAUUGCUAAAGCACCUUUUAUGCUCUUAAACCAUUAAUAAUAUCUAUUAGGUAACCUUACUAAUCCCUUUGAGGAAGGAUUUCUUUACUGUACUGAUGGCUGCACUGAAUAAAGCUUCAUAUAUGAAGAGGC